GCCUCUGCGGCUGCCUUCCUCCGGAGCUGGCGCACACAAGGCUCACCCUUUGCGCACGAGUCUGUGGAGAAUCGCCCGCCCGCUUCCUCGCGCGGCCGCUGGUCGCUGUCGCAGAAGAGCAGCACCUCGACGGUGCCAGAGAGCGCGCUUGCCUCGGCCUGGAGCCUGUGCGAUCGCUACGAGCAGGAGCUGGAUGUCAUCCAUAUCAAGUACCGCUGGGCCAUGGCUUUCCUCGGCAAGGCCUACACCGAGAGGAUGGACCAGAUCAAGGAGCAAGACGUCGCCCGCAGCAGGGAUGCUAAGAACCGAGGCGGCAGGGGCAAGGUCAGCUCUGAGGCUAUGGAUGCCCUGCUGCUAUCCGUCACCGCCACGUUGGACCGUCAGCAGCGACAGCGAUUCAAGAGGCGGCUGCACCAGGCGCUUCGCUGGUACGAAGCAGCCAAGCAGCUGGGCUGGGGCAUGCUCUGUCUGAUGCUGCACGAUGUCAUCACCAACUCAGCAUUAGACGAGUGGCUGGGCUCAGAGGGCAUCUCUGGCGGCUCUAUUAGCGAAAAAGCAACGCUCUCAAUCGAGGCAAGCGCGCCGGCGCCUGCGACAGAGGUGGAAGAGAUAGAAGACAGCGAGCUGGAAGAGAGUGGAGAUGGCAACGACGAUAGCGUGGAGCCUGCGCCCUCCCAAAGGACUGCAAAGAGCCCUGCCGCCGCCCAUGCAAUGCGCCAGCUUACCCUACUUGAGCUCUUUAAGCCUUUUGCAGGCACAUAG